GCGCGGUUUCAAAACGGAAGAAGAAACUCAACGAGAUUAUUACAGAGCGCUAUCCAACGAAUAAUCAGAUUAACUGAUGUAGUCCAAGCCCACUGAACUUCCCAGUUUUAACAUUUCAAUCAGCAUUUCGUAAGAUUUCGACCCGCAAUGUGUUUGCUUACUUGAUGCUCUGGUCGGAGAACAGUCCUCAAGUUUCGAAAGGCGUAGAUGUGGUAAGCGAAUGGCAGCUCCGGCUGCUUCUCCAGAUCGCCCUCCAUGGAUUCCGGAAGACGACCUCAUUUUGAAGAACGCCGUUGAGGCAGGUGCUUCUUUGGAAGCACUUGCGAAAGGCGCCGUGCGAUUCUCUCGCAGGUUUACGGUUCGUGAGUUGCGAGAUCGGUGGCAUUCGCUGCUCUACGACGCCGAUGUUUCGGCUGAAGCUUCUGCUCGCAUGGCCGAGCUCGAGCUUUCUUCUGCUACUUUGUUGUCUUCUGCCUCCUCAUUUUCCAAGCUCAGUAAACCUGCUUCUAGAGAAACCGCGGAGAAUUCUGCUAAAAGGAAGAAGUCCGAAGUGGAGAGUGUUCGACGAAUGUACUACGCCAUGAAAAAGAAGAAGAGGCGCAUUGCACAUUGGAGUGAGUGCUCUCCUGGUCUUAAUUUUCUUGGCAUACCAAUUGUUGAUGAAAUUGGUCUAAACUAUAACCAGGAUCUUGCUGGAUUUGUUCCUAUUGAAGAUUGCAAUGAAAUGUCUAUGGAGGUUCCCUCUUUUAAGCAACAUAGUCUAGGCGCAGAUAAUUUAGAUGGAUUGGUGGAGCACCCAAACUGUAGGAUUGCUGAGAAAAUUGAGCCGGUACAGAGAAUGACAAUGCUUCCUCUGUCUGGAGGAACUAAGGAUGCUUCUACAUCCGAGUUGGUGGUUCAUAGAAGUGCAGAGGAUAAAGGUCUGGGCAAAGAAGCACCUUCGGUAUCUCAUGAUUGUCUGGAUGGGACGAAAAAUAGAUUGUUUAGUAUGGACACUAUCAAGAUCAAUGCAAGGUUGCCGGACGCACAUAAUGUUGAUGUUGUUGAUUUUGCGAUUUCGAACUCAGUAUUAGACUUUGUGAUUGAAGGAGAGCUGGUCACUGCUGAGGGAAAUAGGAAAGACACGGUAGAUAGAUCUUGCAUUGAUAAUGUAAAUUCAGUGGUACUGAGUUCUUCCAAUGACAAAGACGAAGAGAGAUCAGCUAGUGCUAAGGGAUUGGAAAAUCCAGUUGCAGAAACAGGUACAACUACUGCUUCAAGUCCCUGUCCAACAGAACCGGAGGUUGUUGCUGAAGGGUGCGCUCUCGACAAGGAUGAUCAGCAUAACUACAUAUGUUCCGAGGUUAAGGGACCAGAAUCAAACUCUGCACCAUGUACUUCUUCUGCUGAAUCUAACUAUGAAGAAAUUGUUUGUGUUUUAAACACUGAAGACCCUGAAGUCCCGUGCAAUGAUGGCAUUGUUCUGACUAAGGAAUGGAAUUCCUCUCUUGCUAGUCAAAAGGAUAGCCAAGGUUUAACUGGUAAAAGAGUGGUAAGCUCUAUGAAGAAAGAGAGCAUUGCUUCAGUGUCUCUUUCUGCCUCCCAGCAAAAGGGAACAAAGUUGGUUCCUCUCAAUGAUACUGCUAGUAAUAAUGGAGUGAAAUGCAAGCCUUCUGAUGCUAUAAUUCCCGUCCCAAUUGGUGAUCAAGCUAGCGUUGCCACUGCUGGAGGCCUGAAUCAGUCUGGAUCACUGCAGGCAUCAUCUCCACCUGCCAGCCAAGUUGGGGCUUUAAAGGGCGAGUUGGAAUCUGCACCCACAAUUUCUUGUGCAGAAGGCACUUUGAUACCAGAUGGAGACCCAUCAGAAUCGGGUGAGAAAGAGCUUGAGAGUGAUGAUGAUAUUCCAUCCUUUACUGAGAUUGAGGCCAUGAUACUUGAUAUGGACUUAUGGCCUGAUGAUCCAGAUUCCUGUCUUAACAGAGGAGUGGUAAGGUAUCAAAGUGAAGAUAGCAGGAGGAUGAUCAUGAGGCUUGAACAGUGUGCCAAAUCUUCCAAGGAAAGAGCUAUAACAGUCCAUGGUGCACUUGCCAUUUUAUAUGGGCGUCACUUAAAGCACUAUAUGAGGGAUACUGAGGUAAUGCUUGGCAGGGCAACAGAUGAUAUGGAUGUUGAUAUUGACUUGGGCAUCGAGGGGCCGGCAAACAAAAUAUCAAGGAGACAGGCGAUUAUAAAGAUGGAGAAGGAUGGAUCUUUCGUUCUAAAAAAUCUCGGAAAGAGUCCGAUGUUUUUGAAUGGCGAAGAACUCCUGAUGGGGCAAAGUUCUUCACUUAGUUCUAGCAGUUUGAUUGAGAUUCGAGAAAUGGCAUUCGUGUUUGAGAUAAGCAGCAAAGCUGUUGGGCGGUUCCUCGCUAGCAAACAUCUUCACCAGCAACAAAACAAAGUAGAAUUCAACUAGUGCAGUGCAGUGCAGUCCCAUAACGAGAACAGCAGCAAUUCUGAUUGGUUCCUUUCCCUGCUACCUUAUUUAACUUUUGUGUUGAUUAACGUAAGCAUUGUUCUUUUGUUUAACAAACUACGAUCUCGGGGAAAUAUCUAAAUCCGUCCCACUAUGUAUUAACAUUUGAUUGUAUAGAUUUGGAUAAUCCUCGCAUCUGUGUCAGCGAGCAAACAGUGUAUCAGUAUUAGAAUGAACAGAUCUCUGCGGGCAGAAGAUGGGGAAAAUGAUUUUCACGAGACGACUACUCGAGUAGAAAUGCAUGGUCUAGAUGUCGGAAAUGAUUGGCUAAUCAGUUAUUUAUUAGUACGUUGAUUUUCUGUUGGUGGUUUGUAGAAUUUUGAAAACAGAUGCAUACCAAGGUUUUUUUGUUCUUUCACGUAUCUUUGCCCUAAUCCCAAGCUUAUGCUAUCAAAUUUUGGCUCGAUUGAUAAUGAAUUUUGAUUAUUAAG